AAACGCGGCGUCGCUUUGCGGCGUCUCUGAGGCGAGGCAAGCGGGCGGGCGAGCUGGGGCUCAGCCAGGCGGGCUCCGGAUCCGCUCUGCCGUCCUUCGCGCCUUCGCUCCCUACCCGGCAACCCCACGGCCGAGCGAUGCUCCUGACGGUCUUCUGCCUGCGGCGCGACCGCUCCGAGCUCACCUUCUCGCUCCAGGUGGACGCCGACUUCGAGCUCCAGAACUUCCGCGCCCUCUGCGAGCUCGAGUCCGGCAUCCCCGCCGCCGAGAGCCAGAUUGUUUACGCAGAGCAGCCCCUGACUGACAACCACCGGUCGCUGGCUUCUUACGGCUUGAAAGACGGCGACGUGGUGAUCCUGCAGCAAGUGGAGAAUGCGGGGGUGCGGCCCCCAGCCCCAUUUCCCGGUUUGCCCAGGAUAGACUUCAGCAGCAUCGCAGUUCCUGGGACUUCAAGCCAGCCUCCCCAGCUGCCCUCACUGGCACCCCCAGCGCAGCAGCCCUCCUCGCAGCCCGGCCCGUCUCCUCCCGAGUUCCCCUCCCCACCGCAGGGCUUGGACAACCCGGCGCUGUUGAGAGACAUGUUGCUGGCCAAUCCCCAUGAGCUUUCCCUGCUGAAGGAGCGCAACCCACCCCUAGCAGAGGCUCUUCUCAGCGGGGACCUGGAGAAGUUCACCCGGGUGCUUGUAGAGCAGCAGCAAGAUCGAGCCCGCCGGGAGCAGGAGAGGAUCCGCCUGUUCUCCGCCGACCCUUUUGAUCUUGAGGCUCAGGCCAAGAUCGAAGAGGACAUUAGGCAGCAGAACAUUGAGGAGAAUAUGACGAUCGCCAUGGAGGAGGCCCCGGAGAGCUUUGGCCAGGUGGUGAUGCUCUACAUCAACUGCAAAGUCAACGGCCACCCUGUGAAAGCCUUUGUGGACUCAGGGGCACAGAUGACCAUCAUGAGCCAAGCAUGCGCAGAGAGGUGCAACAUCAUGCGGCUGGUGGACCGGAGGUGGGCAGGCAUUGCCAAAGGCGUGGGGACCCAGAAGAUCAUUGGCAGGGUCCACCUGGCUCAGGUCCAGAUUGAAGGAGAUUUCCUGCCUUGUUCGUUCUCUAUCCUGGAGGAGCAGCCCAUGGAUAUGCUCCUGGGACUGGACAUGCUGAAGAGGCACCAGUGUUCCAUAGACCUCAAAAAGAACGUGCUGGUGAUUGGCACUACCGGCUCCCAGACGACCUUCCUGCCGGAGGGGGAGCUCCCCGAGUGUGCAAGGUUGGCCUACGGGGCGGGGCGAGAGGACGUGCGGCCCGAGGAGAUCGCAGACCAGGAGCUGGCAGAAGCCAUACAGAAGUCCGUCGACGAAGCAGUUGCCCGAGACAUCCAAGUCAGAAGACAGGAGGAGAGGAGACUGCGGAGGGAGCGUCGCCUGUCUUCGGGAGCCUCUGCCCGCCACAGGGCCUCCCAGUGCGUCAUCAUCUAACGCCUGGCACUCCCCUCACCCAGGCCUUACAUCUUGGAUAAAACAGUGUGCCAGGGGAAUUGCUUUGUACUCCAGUCCUGACAUUAAAAGCCUCCCGUUCCAACACGUCUAGCUCAGUCUCGAGUUUUGUUCGGAGACCCCUUGCCCACCUCGAGGAGAGACAGGAGUGCUUAGGAGGGCAGGGGGUGGGGCAGGCAGCCUUCAUGCCUGUCUUGAUGAAGCAGCAGCUUUGUCUUCCUCCUCCUUCUCUCUGCCAGGCUAUUUCUCCCCAUCCCCUAGUGCUUCUGCCUGGGCAUUUGAGUGGGCAGACCCCUCUGCUCCUUACUAGUGGCUGCUGUGAUUUUGUGGCAUUAUAAUUCUUUACCUGAAAUGCACCAGAAUUUUUGGUGUUUCAGGAAAAGGAGGAUGCCCCUUCGUUUAGGAGCUAGGGGCUUGGAGUAGUGGUGGGUUCUAACAUUCACCACUACUCCACAACACAUUCAGUCUUGUAAAGCUGAACCAGGCCUUUCUGGUUGCCAUGUGGGGUGAUGUGGAAAGCCUUUGACCAUGUUCUCGCCCAUAGCAGUGAAACGCAGCUUAGAUGCUCUUUCCAGAAGCUAAUGCUUGCUUACCUAUGAGAUCACCUGAUAGGCUUUUGCUCACGUGCCACAUAAACCCUGGAACAUGCCCGGGAGCCUGGGCUGAGGCUUCUGUGGGGCCCAAGGGCUUGUGGCAAAGGGGCAGAGAAAGAAGGCUUCAGCAGCGGGCAGGCUGAUGCAGAUCAUCCUCCACCACUGGCCCUGCAAGCAGGGACUAGGCAUCCCAAGAACAUCUGGAGGGAAUUUAGGGCAGUGCAAGCAGUUGCGCUGCACAGAGCGCCCAGCCGAGGGGGCGCAAAGUAGUAGUAGUAACAACAACAACACAACAACAACCAUAAUAAAACCCAUAUUUAUAUGGGAACGUACUGAGAUGGGGCAGGUGGGGCUUGUCUACCUGGGAAGGUAGCCCAACUAGGAGAAGGAAACCUUGGAUCCAAAACCUCCACUGAAUAUUUUUGGGAGAAGGAAAGGCUAAGGAGUAAACAGAAAUCCGGAGUGGAUUCCCUCAGGCAGUUGGAUGGCGCCUUGUCAGCCUCCUUCCAGCAACUUCUGCAAGCCAAGCUGGUGCCAAACGUAUUGCUCUGCUUUCCUUUGGACCACCAUCAGCGAAGCCAAGAGCAGCAGGGUCUUGUCAUCUGGGGAGCUCAGGACCCGCAGACACACUGUCUAGGCUUGCGUCCUGGGAAGGUCUCUUUGGUGCUGCUAACACCUGACUUCCCUCCCAGAGGCGCACUGCCUUGUCUCUUGAGACAGACAGGUGCCAACAACAAGAUUGCCUUACCCCAUAUAUGCCCACUUGACAACUUCGAUCGGCUGAACUGGCGUUACUACAGACACCAUUUCUGCAUUUGUAAGAAAUCGAUCUGUUGGUGUGUUAUCUUAGUUCUCCCAAACUCUUUAUUUUUGUUAAUUUUUCUUAGUGUGAUACCGUUACUGUUUUAUUUUUUGUAAACCGCUUUGAGGUUUUUGUUUGACAAUCAAGCUGUAUAGAAAUUAUGAAAUAAAAAAUGAAAACAGCACUUGUUAACCCCGGGAAGACAUGGAGUCACUCCUUGUGAUGCCCAAUGUCACUUUUCUGCCUUGAAAAUCUUUAGCAAAGGAAAGCUUGCAUUCCAUUCUUGAGUUACACAUUUGAAAACUGUUCCUCCAUGUUCACCAUCCAAUGUUGCUGCUGUCCUGCACACCUCCCCGCCCCCUGCAAAUCUGGCCAUUCUGAAUUGCUUUUAAAAUAUCCCCCCACCCCACAGAGGCAACGCUGGAGGCCUCCUCCCUGUCUAGUUCUUGAGCCCUCCUUGGUUUUGUUGGUUUGCGGCAGAUGAUGGAGACGUGGCCCCAAUCCCUAGGGACCAGCUGGGGCAGUGCCUGCGCACGGUUAGCAAGCCCACUGAGUCAACUAGAGCCAGGAAGAGAUUCUGAAGAGGUAGCACAGAGAAGAUCUUCAGGCAGCCAGAGAGUCCCUUCCUCACAGAGCAUCGAGAUCUGGAUGUCAGGGAGGCAGAGAGGAACCCAGAACUCAGGCUCAGAAAGUAGCCCAGAAGCAUGCAGUGCCAAAAACCCAAGCUAGUUGAGAAUAGAAGACAGGAGCCCCACCAGCGCCCAUCCACACCAGACCUCAACUGGAGAGCAAGCGGACGCUUCUUUUUUUUUU